AUGAACAGCACCCUGAGGGAUGCCCAGGCCCCCACCUACCGCGAGUGCCUCCUGCCUUCCGUGGCCCGGACCCCCUCUGUCACCCAGGUCACACCAGCCAAGAAGAUAACUUUCCUUAAGCGAGGGGAUCCCCAGUUUGCCGGGGUUCGCCUGCCUGUCCACCAGCGCACUUUCAAGAGCUUCAGCGCACUGAUGGACGAGCUGUCACAGCGCGUGCCUCUCUCCUUCGGGGUGCGCUCUGUAACCACGCCUCGGGGCCUGCAUGGCCUCAGCGCCCUGGAGCAGCUGGAGGAUGGCGGUUGCUACCUCUGCUCUGAUAAGAAACUCCCCAAGACGUCCAGUGGGCCAGGCCUGCCACAGGGGAGGAGCCCCUCUGCUCAGCAGUCGCGGGAUGUGGAAGGCCAGUGUGAGGCGCCAGGAACCUCUGCUUCACGGAGGGGUCCUACAGCCCCGAGGAAGAUAAUGCUGGUUAAGAAUGGGGAACCUGGAUCCCAGCAGACAGUGACUCUCAGUCAUAGAAACACAAGGAGCCUGACGGCCUUUCUCAGCAAAGCCUCUGACCUUCUGCACUUUCCUGUGAAGCGUGUGUACACAACCAGUGGGGAAAAGGUGGACUCCCUGAAGGCUUUGCUGCGAAGCCCCUCGGUGCUGGUGUGUGCUGGUCACGAGUCCUUCAGACCUCUGGCGAUGGAAGGUGCCAGAAGAAAAGGGACUGAAACUUUAUUGGGGCAGACGUCAAGGAACAAAAACGGGAGCUGGGGGCCGAAGGCCAAGCAGAGUGUGAUCCACUCGAGGUCCAGGUCGGGCAGCAGGCCACGGCAGUUUUCCUUGCUGUCGGAGAGAUCUGGUCUCAGCGACCCCCUGGGCUCCCUGUCGCAUACCUGGAUGGGCCCUGCUCCUGACAGGCACUCUCAGGACAUGCCUGCCCAGCUCGGCUCAUUGGUAGCUGCUGACGAUGUUGAGAAGAAGGUCCACAUGAAUGAGGACGGCAGCCUGUCUGUGGAGAUGACAGUUCGCUUCCAGCUUCUGGGGGAUGACAUGCUCUCGUGGUCCAGGAGGGUCGGCGGGGCUAGCACCCUUCCGGCAGCCAGUGGGGAGGACCCUGUUCUGGGGGAGGUGGACCCCCUCCACUGUGUGUUGGAGGGCCACCCUGGUGGCUCCUCAGAGCCUAGGGCACAGGACCUGGGGCCCCGUGAAACAGGGUGCAAGGAAACCUUUGAACGAGGCCGGUGGCAGCCAGGGUCCAGAUACGAGAUCUGGACGAACCCUCUGUACACCGCCCUGGGAGAGGGGACGGCCUCUCAGAAGAGGUCUAGGUUGACCCAGCACUCCCACUCUAGGGGCCUCCAGAGCCAAGGGUUUCCUGGUGGGAAAAGAAGCAUCAAGGACAGUGUCAGCAUCACCUCCAGUGACAGACCCCCUGAAGGCUCUGAGCCAAAUUCCUCCUGCUGCUCCAGGUCCCGGGAGGGCAGUGUGGGCAGCUGUGGCCUACGUCCAGCCUCCGGAGCUGACUUCCAGAAAAGAGCAGGGUGGGAAGCUGGUGGCACCACCCGGGCUGGUGAGGGCCCAGGUCCAGAGGGGGCGAGGCCAGGCAGCAGGGGGCAACGCUGCCGGAAACCCAGGACCCAAGAUGUGGCAGGUGCUCCUUCUGACUCCUCAGUGAGUACUGGGUCUCACAAGGCAUCCAGUAAAAGGGGUGAGCCGCACCAGGGCCACCUGAGCAAGACAAGGACUGUGACUUCCCUAGGGAAGGCCACUGAGGGGGGAGGACCCAGUUCUCCCACCCUGAGUGCCUCGUCUUUGAGGAACAAAGAUCCACAGGGAGAGGAAAGUGGACAAGGCACCAUGCGCCCCCAGGACAGGGGUGGAUCUGGGACCAGGUUGCCCCUGGCUGCGGGACAUUGUGGCUCUGGGGACACUGCAGGAGGUUGUUCCCCACCUUCUGCCUGUGUCUCAGCCAUGGGUGGGAGAAGAAAGCAGGGGAGCAGAGCCAGUGCAUUCUCCUCCCCCAGCAUUUCUGUCCUCAGCGGAGGGGCCCAGAAAGGCUGCCCAAGGCAGCACCACAACCGAAGGGACGCCCACUGCCCGCUCCACUCACCUGUGUCCAGGCGAAGGCCGGGGCCUCCCAGCGUAAGCAGGGCUCGCCCAGUACCACGCUCCCCUAGCACCAGAAACCGGGCCUCGCGGGGUGCAGGGCCGCCCUCCUCUGCCUCCCUCCAUUCCCAGGAUGCAAGAGGGGUCAGCAGUGCCCCCUUUACAUCUGUGAGCGAUUCGGACUGUGCUUCCAAUUUCUACCCCCCAUAUUCACCCUCUGCUGAGACAGAAGGGGACCCUGAGUUCAGGGCGCACUCACCGACUCCCACACCUUCCAACUUUUUCAGGUCUCAAGCUGAUGGCCUGGGCAAAAAGGCAUGGGGCGAUGCCCCCAAGCCUCCCUGGUCCUUGGUUCUGCCAGAUGGACAGGAUGAUGGGGAGAAGCCAGAGUCCCGCCAAGGGUGCUGCUGCUCCCAGACGGGCACAUCCCCUGUCCCCAGGACGCCUGGGGGUGAGAUUCAGGCCCUGCAGCUUCCCCAGCCUCAGGGCAGCCGAGAGCCGCUCUCUGAGGCCAGCUCAGUGUGUAGCAGGUACUGUCCCCAUCCUCCCAGGGCACAGCCCUCCGUCAAGAAGCACCCUUCAGGCAGCAGCAGCCACAGUGGGGGGGACCACAGCGCUGAUUGGGGGCCCAGGGGGGCCCAGCCAGGGGAGGAAAAGCUGGAUUUGCAGCACCCACAGCCUCCUGGCUCUCAGUCAAGGGCCAGAGGGGUGGCAAUCAGAGCCCCGAGAAGGGGCAGCCCCAGCCUAGGUCCCAGGCCCAGCAGAAUGUUCCAGGGGCAGGUCACUGGUGCAGAGGAAGGCUUGCAGGAGCAAGAGGAUGGUGGCAGCGUGUCACCAGGUGCUCUUCCCCGAGUCUCGCCGGAAGCUGUGGUCCGCGAAUGGCUGAACAACAUCCCAGAGGAGCCUGUGCCCAUGAAAUAUGAGAUGGUGGAUGACAGCACGGAUGUGGCUGGGGACGGCCAGGAAGGCCCCACGGAGGAUCCUAUUGAGAAACAUUCCCCGGAAGGCCUUGGGGAGCCAAGUCAGCCCAGAGGAUCAUCCCUGGAAGGGACAGCCAAUGAGAAAGCAGAACCAGACGGAACCCUCCCAGUGAUGAGUGAUGCUGGCCCCCAGUCAGCAGAGAGUCUUUCUCAUAGCAGGAUUUCGGAAGCCCCCAAGGAGGCCGGAGCAGGCGGAGGAACCGCUGGGGACGGUGGCCCGGGCCAGUGCGUGCUUCCCCACAGGGUCUCCGCCACCCUACAGAUCAUGAAGGCGCUGAUGGGCUCUAAGCAGGGCCGGCCCAGCAGUCUGCCCGAAGUGUCCAGCGCGGUGGGCCGGAGGCUCAGCCACUCCGCCCAGGCCCUCAUCACCUGUCUCGCCCGGCUUCACUUUUUCGAUGAAGACCGUGGGUCUCCAACCCGCAAAGUGAGGUUCACAGACUCUCCUCGGUACCAGGAGCUCCUGAGCACGUUCCAGGCCCUGUGGUCGGGGUGUGGCCUCAGGCGAGGUGAGCUGGACUCCGACCUCUGGGAGCUUGGUGGGUGCCAGGCUCUGUCAUGCCUCAGGUCCCACGCUGUGACCGAGGACUUCACGCCAACGUCCUCAUCCGGCGUGGAUGUAGGCAGUGGCUCCGCGGGCUCAGGGGAUGGCAGCGGACCCUGCGCGGUGGACUGCACGCCGGUUGCUGAGAGGAUAGAGCUGCCCUUGAAAAUCCCCUACCAGAGGCCGGAUUCCAGAACCUCAGAGAACCCGGUGGGUCUGGAAAACCAACAGCCGAGCGGUUCCACAGCCUCCUCAAGCUCCCAAGCUCCGGCUUGUGCCACUGGGAAGGAGCGGGCAGAAGAACGCAGCGGGGAGCAGGCGUUGGGCAGUGACCCGGACCGAGCAGCGGAAAACACGAUGCAAGAAGAGGGGGUGCAAUUAGAGAAAACGGAAGAAGAAAAAGAAAGGGCAGAACUGCAAGGAGAGGGCGUCAGUGGAUUUCCGGAAGAGGGACAAGCCGUGGGACAAGAACUGUCAGGGGUCGGCUGUCAGGAUGGGGAGGAUGCACGGGAAGGUGAGCGUGUGCAGGAAGAGGAAGCAGGAAGAGACCUUGGAGAGAGAGAGGACCCGAUGGAGACCCCUGGGAACCUCACUGAGAGAGAUUUAAAUGCCAGUGGGAGUCAAAAUGAUCCCAACGCUGAGUCCAGUUUGGAGAAGCUGCCCACAGCAGCUCAGAUGGGCCUUGAGCAAACCCAGGCCAAGUUCACCCAGGGGGCUGGAGAGAAGGGCACUUCCAUGGCCCAUAGGAUGUCUCUGGACCCUGACCCCCUGUGGGUGUCCAGGUUGCUGAAGAAGAUGGAGAAGGCCUUCAUGGCCCACCUGGCCAGUGCCACAGCCAUGCUCCGAGCCCGCUGGAGCCUGCCGAGCGACGACCUGCUGGACCAGAUGGUGGCGGAGCUGCAGCAGGACGUGCGGCAGCGGCUCCAAGACAGUACAGAGAAAGAGCUCCAGAAGAUCCGGAGCCGGGCCAGGGGGAAGGCGCGGGGGCCGCCCAGGGGAGCUCUCAGGUGGGAGACGUCCCUGCAGACAGAGCAGCGCAGGCGUCGCCUCCAAGGCCUGCGCAACCUCUCGGCCUUCUCCGAGCAGACGCGGCCCUGGGGCAGCCCCUCCCUAUCCCAGGAGGACGUGCCAGCCUUCAGCGAAGGCCUGGAGACCCCGUUGGGUAGGGAGGCCGAGGGGGAGGAGUUCUGUCCCUGCGAGGCCUGCGUGAAGAAGAACGUGAUCCCUGCAUCCCAGAAGGAUACGAUGGGCGUAGCCUGUACACCCAUCAAAGAGGCCUUUGACCUGAAGCAGAUUCUGCAGAAGAAAGGCGGAUGUGCUAAUCGGGAUACUGCAGAGGUGGUCCCCGAGAGGACGGGGAUGGAGCUGCCCGAGAGGGUCCCCUCGGGGACAGGGACAGUCCAGGGGACUGAUGGAGGCCUGGAGGAGGAAGAUGAGGGUAAGGGUGGCCAGACCCUCGGCAGAGGUGAAGAUCCAGAAAGGGAGGAGGAAGAUGUGGCUACGCAGAAGGUAGAAGGGAGCGUGGACCCCUGCGUAGGCUGCCACCCAGAGGCAGUGGAGUGGGAGGAGCAGGGUGUGGGUGACAAGGAGGAGAACAUGGAGGAAGCCUCUGGGGCUGAGGUCGGUGUGGAGGGUGAAGCCUCGGGAGGAGGCGACAGAAAUCCGGUAGGACAGAAUGAUGGUGCUGACACCAUAGAGGCCCAGGAAACUGAAGGAGAGGGACAGCCAGAGUUGAGAGGAGGAGAUCAAGAUGAGAAAGAAAGGACCCCACAGGUUGGCUCUAGACAGGGCCAGUCAGCAUCCUACACACUGCAGCGGCUGCACAGGAAAGCGUGGCUGCCGCUGAGGCCGCUGCCGAGGCCGCUGCUGGGGCCCAGGUGUCCCGCUGGCCGGGGCUGCCUGCACAAUCGUGUCCCCCUGGGGCCUGUCCCAGAGUCCCGGCCAUCUGCUUGGGUGGUGGAGUGCACGCUGCUGGUGGCUGCGGGGGAGUGCGGGGAGCUGAUCAGUCAACUCUGGGAGGACCAGGAGGGUGUGGGGCUGCUCUCCACUGUGUGCCAGGCCUUGAUCUACUGGGGCUUGGUGUCACCUGUCUCCUCCCCUUUCUCCAGGCCCCUGCUGGCCACCGCCACCCCCAGCGUCCCCUGA